AUGACAAGAAGCGUGGAGCAACUAGUCAAUCAACCAAGGCCCAGUUUGGCUGGCGUUUCUUACGGAAGAGAAGACUCCGGCCCACAUAGGUUCCACCUUUUCCACCUCCCCCACCUCCCACCUGACAACGCGUCCAGAAGGCGUCGACCAGUGGGCCGGAGAAAUCAUGAGCCGCUCCCGUGGAUCAGCCGCUAUGCCCGAGUCACGGGAGUCCGAGUCAGCCACUUGCAAGUCAGCCUGCUGCCGUGGCCAUCACCAUCACCGUGGCUGUCGCCAUCUCUACCCACUCACGAUGUUGUGCUGGAGCCAACCAUCCGCCACCCAACACCAUCCGCUCACCUACACUACGCAAUAUGCCUCCUCCCCGUCGCCGACCUCUCGACACAAGUUGCGCCGCAUACGGAUAUAGUCGCACUUGAUCUUGUGCAAAGCCGGGACGUGCGUCCCGAAUAUCUGGCUGCACACUCCAAACUAUCCCGAACCAACCCAGCCUCCAAACCGGCCCAGGAUGGUUCCCGCCGUCGGACUCUCUCGACCGUUUGCGUUUGCAAUUGCAGGGUGCUGAGCUGCACCGACCAGAUCACAUCACGAAUCAACCCCCUGCAGGCUCGCCUCCCCCAGCCAAAUGUCCCACCACGGGUCAACACUAGCCAAACCCCUGGCUCUUCAUCACCCCCUGCGUGAACCGUUCUCUUAUUACUGUUGCUCCUGUUCUAUUAUAGUCGCGGUUUCUGGCCCACUCGACUCAUGAUGCCUGCUGAGUGCUAUUACAUGCCAUUUGCUGUCCUAGCGUUAGCUUCCUUCGGCCUGGUUCUGACAGGUGCUGGGGCAAGCAGGUUUCCUGCCAGGGCCGUGGCACGCCUAACCAACACAAGCAUCCCGGUGGAGGGCAUUCAUCUACUUCGGACAUCGCACAUGUCGUGCGCGCAGGCCCGAGCAAGGCCAGCUAGCUUGGUAAGAGCGAGAAGAUCGUGGCGUAGCUCCUCUCUUGCGGCCGCCUCGAAUGAUUUCUCUCUUGGAUUUGCCUCUUGACUAUGACUAGGGCUGACGCCGGCAGCCAUCACGUUGCACAUCUUAUGCAGCGAUCCACCUUGAUCACGGCGAU